GGCUGCAUGGAGCGGCUCCGGGACGUGCGCUUGCAGCUGCAGACCUGGGAGCGGGCGUUCGCGCGGCUGCACGGGCGACGGCCCGGCCAGGAAGACGUGGAGGCGGCCCCCGAGGAAACCCGCGCUCUGUACCGGGAGUACCGCACCCUGAAGCAGGCGGUGCGCCAGGCCAACGGAGGGCACCGCAUCCCAGAGCAGUCACUCCCCGCGGCGGCCCAGAAGGCAUCAGACCCCAGCUGCUGGGGACCCCACUUGAAUCGAGCUGCAACCCAGAAUCCACAACCUACUCCAGGGCAGAGCCCAUGGAGGUCUGUGCAGGACUAUGGGAAGAGACUCAAGGCCAAUCUGAAGGACACUCUGCAGGCUGGACCAGCCCAAAGCCGAAGACUCCAGCCUCUCCAGAGACCCUUGUACAAGAAACCCACACCAAGACCUCCAGGCUCAAGUCCUGCCUGCACCUGUCCAGAUGAAGUCAGCGAUGUAUUUCCCCAGCUGUCUGAGCCCCAGCCAAAGCCAGGCCGGCUCCGAAAGCUUCAGGCAUCCCUUGCCUUGCGGUUGAGCUCCCUAGAUCCUGACUGGCUAGAGCGAUGUCAAAACAGGUCCUCAGAUUUUCUGGAGGUACCUAAUACCUGCAGACCUGGCCUAGGUUUAGAGGACUCACAACCUCUGAUAUCAGGCAAGUUAAUCAUCUUUGGCACCUCCAACACACCUUCACAGGGCCCAGAGAAGGCAGCCCAAGUUGCUUUACAGGUCUCCCAGCCCGGCAACAGUCAAGACAGGAAGCAAAGAUGGAAUGAGAACAGGGGGGAUUCUGCACAAGCCCAGCAGGACAGCAGCCAAGGCAGACUCCGGUCCAAGGGGACUGGGGCUGCAGCAGUUGGAAAAGACCCUUCAGGAGAACCUGUGCAGAUGAAGCUACUGUCAUGCAGCAGCUCAAGUCAAGCCAAGGUGGGGAAGGCUGAGGGCACAGCCCAUCAGCAAGCGUCUCCUAGACCAGCUGCCCUGGACCGGGGGAACUACGUUCGUCUGAACAUGAAGCAGAAGCACUGUGUGCAGCGUGGGGCCCUUCGAGGCAGGCUCCUCCGAAAGCAGGUUUGGAAGCAAAAAUGGAAAAAGAAAGGGGAGCAUUUUGGCAAAGGGGGACCAAGAGCCACAGUCAAAGAUUCUUGUUUCCAAUCAUGGCAAUUUGAUCACUUGGCAUCCCAAUGCUCCUGGCUAGGUGAGGACACAGAAGCAGUUGGGCCACAGGUGCAGGUGCCCUAUCCUCCCCCACCAGUGCCGCCUCUCUAUCCACCAGGGCCCUCAGGGCAGAUAGCAGAGACACCAGCUGAGGUGUUCGAGGCCCUGAAGCAGCUAGGGCACCAAGCCUUCCGUCCAGGGCAGGAGUGUACAGUCAUGCGUAUCCUGUCUGGGAUCUCCACUCUGUUGGUGCUGCCCACGGGUGCUGGCAAGUCCCUGUGCUACCAGCUUCCCGCACUGCUGUAUGCCCAGCGAAGCCCUUGCAUCACACUGGUGAUCUCUCCCCUCCUAUCACUCAUGGAGGACCAGGUAUCUGGCUUACCUCUGUGUCUCAAGGCAGCCUGCCUCCAUUCAGGCAUGACUGGGAAGCAGCGAGAGUCUGUCCUGAAGAAGGUACUGGCAGCCCAGGUGCACGUGCUGAUACUGUCACCUGAGGCACUGGCUGAAGGUGGGGCCAGCCUCCCUCAAGCCUCUCAGCUGCCUCCUGUGGCCUUCGCCUGCAUUGAUGAGGCUCAUUGCCUUUCUCAGUGGUCACACAACUUCCGGCCCUGCUACUUACGCAUCUGCAAAGUGCUUCGGAAACGCAUGGGUGUCCGCUGCUUCUUGGGUCUCACAGCCACGGCCACACUUAGCACCGCCCGUGAGGUGGCCCAGCACUUGGGUGUAGCAGAAGAGCUUGACCUUAGGGGAUCAUCUACCAUCCCUGCCAAUCUGCACCUCUCUGUGUCCAUGGACAGAGACCCAGACCAGGCUGUGGUGACCCUGCUGCAGAGCGACCGCUUUCGAACCUUGGAUUCUAUCAUCAUUUACUGCAAUCGACGUGAGGAAACAGAGCGGGUAGCUGCACUUCUCCGGACCUGUCUGCCUGUGGCAAGGGACCCAGGGCCUACAGGUCGUGUCUUCAAUGAUGUGGCUGAAGCGUACCAUGCUGGCAUGUGCAGCCAGGAACGGCGGCGAGUGCAGCGGGCCUUCAUGCAGGGUCAGCUGCGAGUGGUGGUGGCCACAGUGGCCUUUGGGAUGGGACUGGACCGGCCAGAUGUACGGGCUGUGCUGCACCUAGGGCUGCCCCCAAGCUUUGAGAGCUACGUACAGGCUGUGGGCCGUGCAGGGCGUGAUGGGCAGCCAGCCCACUGUCACCUGUUCCUGAAGCCCCAGGGUGAGGACCUGCGGGAGCUGCGCAGACAUGCCCAUGCUGACGGCACCGACUUCCUGGCUGUGAAGAAGCUGGUACAGCGUGUGUUCCCACCCUGUGCCUGCACCCAGCGGCCCCCAGUGCAGGAGAGAGACAUGAACAGAGUGAGGCCUGUGGCCAAGUCCCCACCUCAGGAGACCAAGUACAGCAGCCACCAUGUAGCCCAUAUGCAGGGACCUGCCUGCCAAGGCCAUGAGCGGGCACUCCCAGUGCAGCCAACAGUGCAGGCCCUGGACAUGCCAAUGGAGGCCAUUGAGACUCUACUGUGCUACAUGGAGCUGCAUUCACAGCACUGGCUGGAGCUGCUGCCAGUCACUUACACCCACUGCCAUCUGCACUGCCCUGGGGGUCAUGCCCAGCUCCAAGCCCUGGCCCACAGGUGUCCCCCUUUGGCUGCAUACUUGGCCAAGUGGCCACCAGAAGACCCAAAUCAGGGUAGCAGCUCGCUGGAGUUUGACAUGGUUGAGUUGGCAGACAUGAUGGGCUGGGAGCUGGCCUCUAUACGACGAUCUCUCCAUCAGCUGCAGUGGGACCAAGAGCCAAGGACAAGUACACCACGGAGGACAGGGGUGCUUGUGGAGUUCAGGGAGCUGGCCUUUCACCUGCACAGCCCUGGGGAUCUCACAGCUGAGGAGAAGGACCAGAUCUGUGACUUUCUGUACACCCGUGUGCAGGCCCGUGAGCACAAGGCCCUGGCCCAUCUGCGCCAAAUAUUCAAGGUCUUUCGUAGCGUUGCCUUUCCCAGUUGUGGGCCUUGCCUGGAACAGCCUGACGAGGACCGCAGUGCUCAGCUAAAGACCCUGCUCAGCCACUACUUUGAAGAGGAAGAAGAGAUCAUGGAGGAUGAUGAGGGCCCCGAGCCUGGGCAGGCCCAGCUCCAGGACUGGGAGGACAGUAUUCGCCGUGAUAUCCGUCAGCUCUUGUCCCUGAGGUCAGAAGAGAGGUUCUCUGGCAGAGCUGUGGCCCGCAUCUUCCAUGGCAUUGGAAGCCCCUGCUACCCAGCCCAGAUAUAUGGACAGGACCGGCGCUUCUGGAGAAAGUACCUACAUCUGAACUUCCAUGCCCUAAUGCACCUAGCCACAGAGGAGCUCCUGCUGAAGGGGUGAUGAGCCCCCUGCAUGGGAGGAUGCUGCAUCAUAAAGGCUUUAGGCAGGCCAAGCACUUGGCCACUAAACAAAGUGUCAGGUUCAGCCACUAAACAAGGCAGUGAUAAAGCCAUCAACCACAGGUUUAUUUUCUGAAAUGCAGAAUAAAAAUGCUUGAAGUCAGUG